CAUUUUUAGCCACAUUGUUUCUCGUUUUCAGUGCUAGAUCUGCCACAGAUUCUUUUCUCUCUUUUAAAUAAAAGAACCACCGCUUUAUUUCCAUAAACACUUUAUCAUCAAAUAAAACUAGUAACAACCACUACUCACUCCACCUAGCAUCUAUAGCUACAAAAUAAAAUGCAUCUUCUCUCAAAAUCUUCAAUCCCCUCCACUUUCAUCCUCUUCCUUAUUUUCUUCUCCCAUUUCUCUUCUAUCUCUGCCUCAUAUUCCACAACAUGUUCUGGCAUAGUGCCGUUCCGACACCGUGCCGACACGAUUUCCAUAACUGAUUUCGGCGGUGUCGGAGACGGCAAAACCCUGAACUCAAAGGCAUUCAGAGCAGCUAUUUAUAGGAUUCAGCACUUAAGAAGACGUGGUGGCACGCUCCUUUAUGUGCCUCCUGGUGUGUACUUAACGGAGAGCUUCAAUCUUACUAGUCAUAUGACUCUUUAUCUUGCUGCUGGUGCUGUUAUUAAAGCCACACAGAGGUUGAGGAAUUGGCCUUUAAUUGCACCUUUACCAUCUUAUGGAAGAGGAAGGGAGCUCCCAGGAGGAAGGUAUAUAAGUUUUAUCCACGGCGAUGGAGUUCGCGAUGUAAUCAUCACAGGUGAGAAUGGAACAAUUGAUGGGCAAGGAGAUGUAUGGUGGAACAUGUGGAGGCAGAGAACUCUUCAAUUUACAAGACCAAACCUUGUUGAAUUUUUGAAUUCAAGAAAUAUUAUUAUUUCAAAUGUUAUUUUCAAGAAUUCUCCCUUCUGGAAUAUACAUCCAGUUUACUGCAGCAAUGUUGUUGUUCGAUAUGUCACGAUUUUGGCUCCUCGCGACUCUCCUAACACUGAUGGAAUUGACCCAGAUUCAAGUUCAAAUGUCUGCAUAGAGGACUCAUACAUAUCAACAGGAGAUGAUCUUGUGGCUGUGAAGAGUGGAUGGGAUGCAUACGGUAUUUCAUACGGCCGUCCUAGCAAUGACAUCACUAUCAGACGUAUAACCGGAUCGUCUCCAUUUGCCGGCAUUGCCGUAGGCAGUGAAACAUCAGGCGGAGUACAGAAUGUACUCGCCGAGCACAUCAACCUCUUCAACAUGGGAGUUGGUAUCCACAUUAAGACAAACAUUGGAAGAGGAGGACUUAUCAAGAAUAUAACAGUGUCUAAUGUGUAUAUAGAAAAUUCAAGGCAAGGAAUAAAAAUUGCUGGUGAUGUAGGUGACCAUCCAGAUGAAAAUUUUAACCCUAAUGCUCUACCAGUUGUGAAGGGGAUUACAAUUAAGAGUGUUUGGGGUGUGAAGGUAUUGCAAGCUGGUUUGAUACAUGGUUUGAGAAAUUCACCUUUUACUGAGAUUUGUUUCUAUGAUAUCAACCUUCAUGGUGAGACAGGAUCAGGUAGAUCUCCACCUUGGAAGUGCUCUGAUGUUUUUGGAUUUUCAAAGCAGGUUAGUCCUUGGCCAUGUUCUCAGCUGAGCAGCCAAGAGCCUGGGUCUUGUACCAAUUAUUCAUGAGCUAUGUGUAGCACUGACACUUCAGAUUGAAGGCGUGUAAGAGAGUUCGACACCAACAUAAUACUGACACUUCAACACUUGUGUUGCAUACAAUCUGUUCUAUAUUUUCAAUCAUUAACGAUUUCUUCGUGCCGGUGUCCUGUCGUGUUCGGUGUCUGUAUCAGCGCUUCAUGCUCCUGAGUCCUGAAAUUACCGUUUUUACUCUCUUCAAGUGUUUGUAUUGUCUAGUGUCAAGAACAAAAAUAUUUGUAUUGUAAUAACUAAUAAUUAAGUGCUUAUUUUAUUUAUUUAUUUAUUUAUUAUAAUCAAUGCCAAUGAAUCACCUCCUUAGCCUUGUACAUGUUGAAGGUCAUGUGAUGAAUACAUGCAUCAAUUAUGAGA